CUGCUGAUUGGCUGUCUAUGCGUGUGUCGUCACCAGCUCCCGCGGAAGUGCUGAAGAUUGGUAAUAGAGGUUAUGCAGCAUCGAGCACAGCGGGUGAAGGAGACAUUUACCUUACAGCCAUGAGCUGAGGCUCUCCAAACCUAUCUGUCCCAAUGAUGAACGACAAGCUGGUGUUCCUGGGUCUCCUGUACUUCAUCCAGGGUAUCCCAUAUGGCCUGCAGUCGUCCCUGCUCCCAGUGUACCUGCGAGGUGCCGGCCACUCCCUCACUCGCAUCAGCCUUACCAAAAUCCUCUACUUCCCCUGGGUGCUCAAGGUCCUUUGGGCUCCUCUGGUGGACCGUACGGGCACCAAGCGCUGCUGGUUGGUGGGCACAGUAGCUGGCUUGGCCCUUACCUGUUUGGUCAGUGCUACCCUCGCACCUGAUGUUCAGUACAUGGGUGUAGCAGGCUCCCUGCUCGCUAUGAAUGUGCUGGCGUCGGUUCAGGACAUUGCGGCGGAUGGAGCGGCCGUGCGGUUGCUGAAGGGGCAGGGAGAGGUGGGCCUCGGGAACAUGGUUCAGGUAGUGGGAUAUAAAGCUGGAUCUUUGUUUGCUGGAGGAGGGCUUCUGGCUGUGAUUGAUGUUGCAGGCUGGGGCUGGAUGUUUGCCCUGCUGGCCUGUGUGUAUGGUGGCGUUGCUCUGUUCGUGUGGGGCGCCCCGGUGUUGGAUGGAGAGUCGGCACGGGGGCAAGCAGAAGGACGGAGAGGGUCGAGGGAUGCGAUGCAGCCCUGGAAGGUUUGGAGGAAACUUCUGUCUGUGCCAGGAACAUCAUGGACAGCAUUCUACGUCCUUACUUACAAGCUAGGUGAACAGGGGGCGAUCACCAUGUUUCCACUUUUCCUGCUGGACCACCACAUGACAGCCAGAGAGCUGGGGGUGUGGAACGGGGUGGUUGCCAUGGCAUUCUCCAUCUGUGGCUCCUCAAUUGGGGGCUUUUUACUCUCCCAGUACAGUAUUGGACUGCUGAUGAGACGUGUGUUUAUGAUGCGGACGUUCAGCAUGGUGUUCCAGAGCUCACUGCUGGUAGUGCUGGAACCUUCACCUCUUAUGAAAGGUAUGGCAGUGCUGAGUCUGGGUUUGCAGCAUUUCAUAGCCGGUCUCAUCACGACUCUCACCUUCACCUUGAUGAUGAACUGCACCCAGAGAGCCGAUGAGAGCAUACAGGCCACCCACUACAGUUUUCUGGCCACUCUUGAGGUCCUGGGGAAGCUGAGUUUUAGCGCCCUGGCUGGGGGCAUGGUGGACACUGUGGGCUACCCCAUAGCCUUCAUCCUCUUCCUCUUUCUCACCUCCAGCAGUGCUCUGCACGUGUGGAGAGCCACAGAGACCGGCAUCCUUAAGGAACAGGUCAAAGGGCAGCCUCAGUGACCAGCAUUAGCCAAUCAUAUGGCAGCCUCAGUGACCAGCAUUAGCCAAUCAGAUGGCAGCCUCAGUGACCAGCAUUAGCCAAUCAGAUGGCACGAGUGUGUGAGCAUGUGAAGAGGUUUAAUUGUGUGCAUAGUGUAAGACUGGUAACCAAAAGCCAGUGAUGCAAACAUUUUGAGUUUAUUUACGACAUAACCAGCAUUAACCUUGACAAGAACCACACAGAGCACUUUCAACAAAAGCCAGAAGCUCACAUUAAAACAAUGCAAUUUUUUUUUACAUCUGCAAUGAAUGAAAGUGUGCAAUGAAUAAGCAUGAAAGGUGUAGUCACGGUUUCUGAAUGGCAAAAACUCUGAGGCGAAAUGUUGAAAUGUGAACUGUGCCUGAAGUUUAAAAGGAGACCAAGUGGAAAAAAUAACACAAGUCAGAUUCACCUCUAAUGGAUAAUGAUGAAAUGUAUUAGUCCGUUACUAUUGCUUCAAAAAUGUUUUUUAGGAAUGAAGUCUAGUUAAACGCACACUAGUCCUUUACACAUUCCAUCAUAUACACUGUUUAUUGAAUUUAAAAAUGAAACAAAAAGCACACAUUAUUUUCUCCUUUUUUGGUCCCACUGACCUAAUUUUAAUAUCAGUUAUUAACCAGUUGCUUUUAAAGUGCAGAAAAAAAUCAAGAGACCAGAGCAAAACAAUGUUCAGUUUUCCUACUUAUUUCUAGGUACGUGUUUAAGUAAAACUAUAAUUUUUGUUUCAUUCUGUGAACUAGUGAUAACUUUACUCCCAAAACAUAAAAAUUUGUUUUUAUUUGCAGAAAUUCUGAAUGAAAUAAAACGGUCUCUUAAUUUUUCCCCGGCUAUAUAUAAAGAACCACUUUAUUUAAAUGUAUCAAAAUGAAAUGGGACUGCUGUGAGUAUUAAAAUGUUAAUAUAGCUUCGUAAGUGUUUUUAUGUAUUCUAGUUGCAAUACUUGUAUUAAAGAGGCCAUAUAAUAAGAAUGAAUUUUUUCCUGAUCUUUUGAAUAACGUAAUGUGAUAUAAAAAUGUGACUUAUAAAACAACUCGUUUGGAACUUCUGCAAAUUUGUCUGAAAUAACAAAAGAGAUCCCUAUUAAUAUUUAUUAUUAAUACUAAUUAAAUACACAUGCUAAAAUUGUCAUGAAAAGCAAAACUUUUCUAAUGCAAAAAGCUGGAACUCAGGGCAAAACUCUGUGGUAUGACCUCUUUAAUGUCUGUAAAAUACUGUACGUUUAAACUUCAAGUUCAAUUCAUCAUGCUCAUAUUUUUGAGCCAAUACUGCAUUCAUUGAAAUGUUAUUUUUUACUGUAUGAUGUAUUUCAGUUUUCUGCAUUUCCUAUGCAAUGACACAAACAAAUAAUUCAGUUAUUACAUACAGCUUUGCUUCUCAUCGGACCUAUGUUUUAGGUUCUCAAAGUGGAAGUUAAAUAUAAUAAUAAUAAUGUACAGAGUAAACUGUAAUAAUGAAUUGACAUAUGAACCUUUCAUCUGGACUGGUGGUGAAGGAUUGUGGGUAAUUGUGUCUCUACCUUCGAUGUUUCUAAACCUCUUUUUUGAUUAUUGUGUACAGCUUAUGAGUUUUAAUUGCCUUAUUUUGAAUAACGUGGAGCCAAAAAUGUUAUGUUCUGAUAUGUGAGGUUUACAAAACCUGAUGUACAUAAGAAUACUUGAACCUACAUUGUACUAUAAUUUAUUCAAAUGUCAUGUAAUCUUACCGUAUACCAUACAAGAAGAAAUAAACUGAAGAAAAUCACUAAAACUAAAAUUCUUAUCUUAAAGGUAACAUAACAUUAAGUUUCCUAAGUUGAGCUCCCUGUAGCCUAUAAUAUCAUUUCCAGGGUUGUCAUAGAGUUUAGACUCUUAUUUUCAGAAAUGUACACAGACAGUCAAAACAGAAUAAUACUUAAUGUUCAAAACUGAUAUGAAAAUGAAAUCUGAAUAACCUAUUGCAAGUUGAUUAUUUUGUUCAGCCAAUAAAUCCUCUAUUAGGCAAAGAACGUUAACAAAGAACCUUCUUUAACAUGUAUUAGCUCUGACCCUA